GUAAUUUAAGUUAAUUGAAUCAGCAAUGUAUAUGCAUAAAUCUGUAACGUAAGCGCAGAUUGAGUAACGUAAUCUGAAACAUAACAUAGCUAUGUUAUGCAUAUGUUAACGGUCCAAAUAGCCAUACCCGCGACUUAACAUAACAUAAUACGCUGCUAAAAAUGCAAAACAAUGAAGAUAAAUAAAAGCCAAAACGACAACAAAACAAACACAAUAUAAAUAAUUAACGCAUUUCAGGCUAGUCGGUUUGCCGUGGGAGGGCCGCCAGUGCCAGUGGCAUAAAAUGGAAGACAACAGCAGCAUGUGUAAAAGUGUAAAGUCUUCAGCCGACUCUGCUGUGGCUGUUGCUGUUGCUGUUCCCGUUGUCACCGAAGCGUCGGCAACCAGUGCAGCCAGUGCAGCCAGCGCGAGCACAACCAAUGCCAAUGGCAAAGGUUUACAGUUCAAGCUGGCAACAGCGACAGCAGCGGCCAGCGCUGCUGAGCCCGAGGAGCUGCUCGGCUCGGUGACAACACAGAAUUGCCCGGGCACACGGGCCAGCGCGCGUGUCAUACAGAAGAUGAAGCUAGAUCUGACGCGUCCGAUGACGCCGCCGCCGGCUGAACGGGAACAUAGCAAGAAGGAGGAGAAGGCCGCACAGAAGACGCCCUCACAGCUGCGCGCUGCCAGCAAAACGACCUGGACAAAUCUCGAACGCAACUGUUUCUUCGAUGCACUCAACGAAUUUGGCAAGGACUUUGAGGCCGUCGCCAAUUGCAUCAAUGCCAAACUGAAGCGUCGCAACUCGAGCAGCGACUACAGCUUCAAGACCAAGGACCAAGUGCGCCAGCAUUACUAUCAGACAUAUCACAAGAUUGGCAAAUAUGUUCGCUUCACGGAUGAGCUCAAGAAGCCCGCCCAGGAGCUGUACACGCUGAUCAACUAUGGCGAAAUGCGUCGCAAGCUGCAGUUCCUCACGGAGAAGCAUUUCAUGAAGCUGAAGCAGCUCAUCUAUCAGGGCCACAUCACGGUGCGCAGCAAGGGCAAGAAUAUACGCAUCAAGACGCCCUCGUGCAAGGCGCUGCGUCGUCUCAAUCAGCUCGACGACACACUGGAGGACAUACGCUUGCCUAGUAAGAUCGAGGUGCUGGUGAACCCGGCGAACAUGGAGGCCUUUGGUCGCGUCCAGUCGUUGGCACAGAACCCGCGAGGACGCGCAAUUGUGCCGCUGCACAAAAAGCUAAUCACGUUCAUUAAAACGUUUCAGUACAAAUGGCGCAGUGUGGACGCCAGGCUGGCGGAGGAGCAGCUGCUAGCCAGCAGCGCAGCCGGUAGCGCAGAGCCAGCCGAGGCUUUCACGGAGCCAGCGGUUUGCUUUCUGCCCAAGCCUGGCGUGCCUAUACAUCGUCCGCUGCUCAGCAUUACGGCGUAUUUGAGCAGCGUCAACAUAUGCCUGGGCGCCUACGAGGAGCGUCUGGGCGUGAAGGUGCGCAGCGAGACGCUGGAUAGCACCGCAGCUGCGGCUGCUGCCAGCGCGAAGCGUGCACGCACCGAGAGCGGCUCAGAGAAGCGUUCGCCGGAGACCAAAAAGCUGAAGCCGCUGUCCAGUCCGGCGCACGACAAGUCCGUGGACGAGCUGGUCGAGGGCAACAAUCAUGUAAAGCUGGAGAACAGCAGUGGCGACGAGCUAACGGAGGAGAUCAACGAACUGCUCGCAACCACAACAAACGCUGGCGACGCCGCUGAGCCAACAGCCAGCACUAGCACCACUACCACUACGGCUGCAGCACAAGUGGCUGCCCCAGCUGCACCCGCUCCAGCGCCAGCUCCGGCUCCAGCUCCAGCGCCGGCGCCAACGCGUGCCAAGCGUAGUGAUGCCUUAGGUGCUGGCGGCGGCAAAGGCGCCAAGGCGGCUGCCGCAGCGCGCAAUUUCAAGCCGCUGCUGAGCGAUGACGUGAUCAAGCGCAUACGCAGAGGCUGGACGAUAUGGAACUCAGCGGAUAUAACCAUUGGUGAUCUGUAUGUGGUGCUGGGCCAGGACUCCAAGCUGGAGCUCGAGUAUUAUUGGUGUGAGCCGGAGCUGGGCACACCGAGCGGCUCCACAGGCGUCAGCACAUCGUCGAGCUCGUCCGCAUCGUCAGCCUCGCUGCCGUACAAUGCCAACGACUGUGAUAGCGUGGAACGCGUCAAGGCCAUCACAACGGCCACGGUUAGCAACAAGCUGAAGCAUCUGCUCCUCGUUGCCAAUCUCAGCGAGCGUGUGCGCAAGCGUCAAUGCAACUGCGGCCACAGCUGCGAUCGCAAACGCGAUCUCAUCAACAAGGCGCGAUGGCUCAGCAACCUGGCAAGCUCUGGCACGGGCACGGUAACUGGAUUGGGAACUGGCGCAGCCACCACAACUCCAGGCGAUGGCAACGAGGUCAUCUUUCGCACGCCCAUGCUGCCAGUGCGUCGACCCCUGAUCAAUAUCAUCGAUCCAGUGCGUCAGCUAACCAAACUCACGCGCCAGAAGCUAUCGCGGCAGGUGCUGGUGCAGCGCUGCCUUCUGCCGCCUUCCUCAGUUGACCAGCCCUACGAUCUGCUCAGCCUGCGCAAUUUGCAAAACGGUCUCUUCGAGCCCAUCGAACGCGUCAGCAGCAGCAGCAGCAGCAGCACAAGCGGCGACAGUGACAGCAGCUCAGUGCUGUCCAAGCUGAACGCAAUGAGCGGCAGCAGCGCUAGCCAGCAGCAGUCUGAAGUCGAGGAUCGCAACAGCGGCAGCAGCAGCAGCAGCCACAGCCACAGCCAUAACAACAACAAUGACUACAAUAGCAGCGACUGCAGCGGCGCGGGCAUCAGCGGCCUGGACAUGCCUAAUUUGGACUUUUCCGCGGAGCCAACAUCACUGCCAGCCAGCAGCACCACCCUGCCAGAGGAUGCGCAAGAUGAGAGCACCACUCAAAACUUCUUCAAUGGGAGCGUCAGUCCGAUGCACUUGCUGCGCGACUCCACGUCGAAUGCACGCUGGCUGGAGGAGAAUAUUAAUGACUUUUCGCUGACCAGUCUGCUGGGGCAUCUGGACGACUUUGAUGCCACGCGCGAUAUACUGGAUCCGUCGUCAACCAUGUCGGUGAUCAGUGAGAGCAGCGUGGAUUAUCGCCACAAGUUUCAGGAAAUUUCGGCUUUGCUGCAGCAGCAGGAGAAGGAUUAACACGAUACAAAACACGCUGUGUAGGCGACGUUGCGGAUCACAUGGACACACACACACACACACACACCUACACCUACACACUAUGUUGUUGUUCGUCAAUUUGAUUUGUUUUUACAAUAUUUAUCAGUUAGAGCAGAGAAUAUUCUAUUCCAAAACAAAAAGAAAAGAAAAACUAAUUCUCCCAAUUUAACACGGAUAUUAUUAAUGUUAA